AUGGCUCCAGGUAGCGGACGCGACUUCAACUGUUCAUGGGAGCACUGUGGAAAGUCUUUCAAUCGCAAGUCAGAUCUUUGUCGCCAUUACCGCAUCCACACCAAUGAACGGCCAUACCAUUGCACCGUAAAAGACUGCAACAAGAGCUUCAUUCAGCGCAGUGCUUUAACUGUACACUCGAGGACUCACACCGGCGAAAAGCCGCAUGUUUGUGACCAUGAAGGCUGCCAGAAGGCAUUCUCGGAUUCAUCGAGUUUGGCUCGCCAUCGCCGAAUCCACACUGGAAAGCGGCCUUAUAUCUGCCACGAGCCUACUUGCGAGCGGAGCUUCUGCCGCAAGACCACUCUCACCAAACAUCAACACCGCUCCCACCCGCCAGGGAACAUGACCCGACCAUCCUCGGAAGAUGCGACUUCGGAGCACUCGUACCAUCAAACGCCCGUAUCAGUUUCAAUCCCGAACGAGCAGUACAUGAUUGGCCAACAACCUUACUACCCGCAAUCGGCAACUCCAAGCCAUGAGUUUUACUCGCCCCAAAGCGUGCCGAUGGGCUCCGUGCAGGUCCACGAAGCGGCACCUCCAAUCGUGUCUCAGAACGUACCCGUGACCUCUCCGAUCAACAUGCCACACGGACCACAGCCACACCCGCAACACCAUGCGCAUCCACAGCAGCAACAGCAGCAGCAACAGCAGCAGCAACAACAACAGCAACAAUACUUACAAAUGAUGCAACAGCGUUACGACACGAGCCCACGCACGAACUAUCUUCCUGAACAAUAUCCACACGCGUCUUUUCAAGGCCAUCAAAUGUCACCAGACCAGCCAAUGAUGGUUUCAUACCACCCAAACUAUGCGUACAAACCCCCAGGCUCUCGGCUCUUGAAUCAAUCAGAGGGGACUGACUGGGGCUUUUUGGGUGUAGGCUAA